GGGGGGCGUGUAGGCAACCGGGAUCAGCCAGGGGCCAGCAUGAGCCGGAGGGAGGGAAGUCUGGAAGAUCCACAGGCUGACUCCUCAAUCUCACCCCUUCCCCACUUGGAGGCCAAGAUCCGUCAGACACACAGCCUUGCCCGCCUCCUCACCAAAUAUGCUGAGCAGCUGCUCCAGGAAUAUGUGCAGCACCAGGGAGACCCCUUCGGGCUGCCCGGCUUCUCGCCCCCGCGGCUGCCGGUGGCCGGCCUGAGCGCCCCGGCACCGGGCCACGCGGGCCUGCCCGCCCCCGAGCGGCUGCGGCUGGACGCGGCGGCGCUCAGCGCGCUGCAGCCGCUGCUCGACGUGGUGCGGCGCCACCAGGCCGAGCUGAACCCGCGCGCGCCGCGCCUGCUGCGGCGCCUGGAGGACGCGGCGCGCCAGGCCCGGGCCCUGGGCGCCGCGGUGGAGGCCGUGCUGGCGGCGCUGGGCGCCGAGACCCGCGGGCCCCCGGCCGAGCCCGCGGCCGCCGCCGCCGCCGCCGCCGUCGCCGCCGCCACCGCCGCCACCGACGCGGGCGUCUUCCCUGCCAAGGUGCUGGGGCUCCGCGUGUGCGGCCUCUACCGCGAGUGGGUGAGCCGAACCGAGGGCGACCUGGGCCAACUGGUGCCCGGGGGCCCGGCCUGAGCGCGGGGCGCGGGCCUGCGGCUCGCUGUCAUCCGCUCGGCGUCCGUCUCCGUCUCUCCGUCUCUGUCU